AUGGGAUUCAAGAAAGAGAGGUUCAAACGUAUUAUUUGGUACGGGGUUUUCAUCACCUUGGUUAUUCUAACAAUAACACAACUUAAGCAGAGUUUUGAUUCCUGGGAUGAAAGACCAUUUGAUACAAUUGUGGAGAAUAUUCCGAAACAAAGUAUUCCAUAUCCAAGUGUAACUGUUUGUCCAUCAGGUUCAACAAUUUGGCCAGGAGUUCGACAAUUUCUGAAUGAAAUGGAAUUUAAAGAUGAGCAUAAAAUUAUGUUCAAACAAUCACAUAAAACUCUUCUAAGGUUGAAAGUAGCCAACUUGAGACAGAAACCUGAUAUGACAUAUCCUUACAUAGAUUCUUAUAAAAAAUGUGAAGAAUGGAGUGAUUACAUUAGAUACAGAGAAGUGUGUAACUUUGGUAUGUAUGUAAUUUUAAUGGCUCACAGAAUGCUUGAUAAUGAUCUACUAGCAAAUGCAACACUGGCCAAAUACAAGAAGAACAAAGCCAAUAUACGCUAUGAAUUAAUAGAAGGAAUGGGCUGUAAAGGUUCUGGAUUUGCCUGUUACAUCAGCCAUAACCUGAUCACCCCAGAGAGGAUGCCUCCAUAUAGUUGGCUAUCAAGCUAUCUUGAUCUCCUAACUGUAGAAAUCAUUGAGAGGGGUGCAGAGGAUUUACCAUUUAACACAGUUUUGCAGGAAAUGUUCAUUCCUGGACCAGUAACAACUCCUGCUCCAGAUGAUUAUGAAUACUGUGAUUACUGUUUAUUUGGAAAAAAACGGAAACGUGAAAUACCUGAAAUCUUUGUUAACCCUGAUUGGGAAAUUAUUAGAAACUUAAACUCAACAUUUAAAUUACCCCCACCUAAGCAAAUGCUGAAUUAUGUUGUUGACACUAGAGAAAAUUUUUGGCAAUUGAUAUCAGAAAAAUACAAAGAAUACUCUUUGCUUUCUAUCUUAAAUUUUCAAGAAUUCCAGAAACUUGGAGAUUUUGUCGUUACCUUGGCAAGGUUUAAUCUUCACAUUAAAGCUACUGAAAGUUUUCUCACGUACGAACUGAUUAAAGAAACAGAAAAUGAAAUACAAACUUUUCUCCGAAUGUUGUUGCAAGAAAUUACAAGUGAAAAGGACCUGAGUUGGAGUUUAAUUGAUGCAGUGGAUAUUCUAGUCAUAUUAGGAGGACAAGAAGUUAUAGGAAGCAGAAUUGCUCAAUUUGGGGAAAAAGAUCUUGGUCGCUCAAACAGUUGGCUAAGUUUAUCUCAGACUGAGAAAGAUUGCAUUGCCAAUGAGUAUGAAAAACUCUUUAACAAUCUCCCGGAAUUUGUAGAUCCCUGUAUUAAUCCUUCUUACAUGUGUUCAAAAUUCUGUAAGAACAUGGCACUUCUUCAAAAGCAUGCUAAAGAUAUGGAUAUUCAAAAACUUCUCAAAUACAUUUCACAUCCUGCAAAAUUUUCACAUGGUAACACAUGGACUGUUCCUUUUUGUUUCCAAGGACCUGAUGUAAAAGAGUUGUUGCAAAAUUCCAGGAUGCCAAAUUGGGAUUCUGUUCCAAAUGAAACAUAUUAUGGCUAUAAAUUAUGUCAGUCCGCUUACAAUCGAGCUACUGAUGUUGGAUGGUGUACAACUUUCCAUGAUGUUCAAGACAUUUUUCCUCCAAAAGGAAUAUCCAAGCCCUUUCGGGAGGGUAUAACCUUAAUAUUAGAUUCUUUUGCUUAUUAUCUUGUUUCUAAAGAAAUCAGAUCCUUAAGAGAUUAUACCAGAAAGGAUACUGGAAAACAGUUUCCUGAAACAAUGAUAGAUGAAUCCUUCAACAACUUCUUUAUAGUUCUUCAUUCCAAAGAUGAUAUUCCUUUGUUUCAAGGCCCUACAGACAGCAAAAUUUCCCUGAAGUCAAAAAUUGCUCGUUCUAACUAUUUGAAAGAUUAUAGAAUACCUUUCAGUGUUAAGGUUUUAGGGACUGAAAAUAUAUUGGAGAAGUACAGUGUCUUCAAGAGAAGAUGCAGGUUCAAGCAUGAAAUCGGUGAAAUGAAGCUGUUUGAACAAUAUACAAAACAAAAUUGUAUUUUUGAAUGUAAAUUGAAUAUUGUGAGGAAGAUCUGUGGAUGUUUGCCCUGGUAUCUUGAGAUUAAGAACCAAAAAGAACCAGUUUGUAACUUAUUUGGAAACAAAUGUUAUGAGCAAAGCACAAUAUAUGCAAAUGAUUUUCUUGAUUUUAGCAACCCUGACCAACCUUCUUGCAACUGUUUUCCGGACUGUGAGGGUGUAAGCUACAUUCCCAAUUUGGGACUUUCUAAAGAACCGGAGUUUACUCAAAAUACAGACAUGCUGAAUCUGGAUUCUAAUAGUAACUAUCAAUAUUGGAACAACUUGUCUAUGGUAAUUGAACGGAACCAGAAGAAAUUUUUGUUUGACUAUUUAGCAGACUUUUUUAAAGAGAAGGAGAGCAAAAUUUUCUAUUUCUCAAAUACAACUGGGAAUCUGGACAAUAUGGUUGAAGAAAUGUCAUGUACUGAAGAGCUUGUUAAUUGUUUUGUCAAGGACAGGGCUGCAAAUCUUGCUUCAGUUUGGCUGGAUUUUCAGGACAACUUCUUCAUCAAGGAACAGUUAAUUGACAGGGUAACUGUUGGUGAAAAGAUAUCAUCUAUAGGUGGAACACUUGGUUUAUUCCUUGGGUUCUCCUUCCUAAGUAUAGUUGAUCUAACAUACUGGGUUAUGCAAACAAUUGGGACAAGAAUAAGAGUAAUUUAGGUAAUGAAUUAAGUAACCAUUUCAAAUUGAUUAACAUAUAUACUUUUUCAAUAAAUGAAGCUUUGAGGCUUGUUUUAGUAUUAAAAUGAAACAUUGCUUACUAUACC